GCACUCGUCUUUCCGUACGAUCGUCUAUUGUUAUUGAAUCCCAAACAGCCAGAGAACGUUUACGUUCUCUGGAACAGCUGUUUUCUAUUGACAUUCCUACAUCUGGUGCGGUAUUGGGCUUAUGCCUAAAAAUAAAAACCACUUAAUUGUCCUAUUUUCAUUACAAAAUGGACGAAAAACAUUUGGAAAACGAAGUACUGCCUUCUUUAACUUUUAACCAGAAAUCUGCACAGCCACCAGCAGCCACUCCCGAAUCUCUCCAGAUACAAUGCCUCAAGUGCGAUUGUGUUUAUCAAUUUCCUACCGCCAAAGACGACUACCUUGCACACCUGUUUAUGGAGCACCGUUUGGUUAUAGCCGAUGUGGAAGAUGUGGCGUUGCUAGAUGAGUAUUUGAAAUAUUGGCAAAAAGAGUUACAAGGGCAUGAGCUGGAAGAGUAUUGUACCACCAUGCUUUUGGACCAAUUGCCCGACGGAACACCUGCGAAAAACGAAAGAUACUAUCUACUUAGUGAUAUAUUACCGAAAGAUUAUGAACUGCGAUUCAAACUGCAGCAGCAACGCCUGGAACGCGCGUUGGCACAACAUCAGUUUGAACGCACCGAUCGUGAUUUCACAAAAGAAUGCCUGUAUUGUCGGGAUGUUAUUACUGGCUUGCGCUCUGACUUUCUUGAACAUUUGUUCAACAAACACUUCUUGCAAUUAGGUAAACCCGAAAACUUGGUGUAUAUUGAUGAAUUGCUGUCAAAAGUCCAACAUAAUCUAGAGAAUUUAGUGUGCCUCUACUGUGAAAAGAUUUUUAAAGAUCGUUCCACUUUAAAAGAGCACAUGCGUAAGAAAGCACAUAAACGGAUCAAUCCUAAUAAUAGUGAUUAUGAUCGAUUCUUCCUGUUAAACUAUCGUAAUGAGAAACAAAAACCACAGCAGCAUAGUAAACAACAUAACGUUAAAAAGAGAUUGCAUAAAGAAAGUACCCACCAAGAAGUAGCGGCAGCUGAGGUGCGUUCGCCCGAAUUGGCGACAUCACCGGAGGCCGAUUUUGAAAGACGCUUUGCAAUACGCAGUCAAAGUAAUGAAAGCGAUUCAGAUUGGUCUGAUUGGGAUGAUGAUAUAGGUAAAAUGUCUCCACUUAAUUGCCUCUACUGUAAAGAACAAAAAGAAAGCUUUGAUGGCUUAAAAGAUCAUAUGCUAACAGCUCAUGGCGUAAAUUUCGCAGCAGUAUUGCAGGGUCUAAACUUUUAUCAGAGAAUCAAAGUCGUAAACUAUGUACGACGACAGAUAUGCCUCCAGCGCUGUGUUAGCUGCAAUUUGCGCUGCGAAAAUCAAGACACGUUACUGGAACACAUGGUCAGCGAGCAACAUUUUGGUUGCGGCACCAAGAAGCAAUGGGACAAACCAGAGUACUUUUUCCCUACAUAUGAAGAUGACACUCUGCUGUGUGUGCUGGAUGAUAGUCCUAAUGAUGAUAUGGAAGAAGGUACGGUGCGCAUUAUAUCCGAGGAUACGAUGGCGCAAAUAAAUAAAGACGCUGAACGUCUGUCACUGGAGAAUUUUCAAUAUCUUUGAAAUACUGUGCGGAUAAAGAUUUUUUGGUAUAUAGUAGAAAAUAAUGAUAUCCACAAUUGCAAGAACUCAGAAAUAUUAUCUAAACUAACAAAAAUGAAGGCAAAAGAGCGUACUAAAAAA